AUGAGAGCAUUUACCACUCAAGGCAUUCUAUUCAAUACUGCUAAGAACACCAUACGCAGGGGACUAGCCUCCACUUCUACCGCUUCUUUUAAUGGUAGGCUUUUUGCCCCAAAACUUGCCACACGAGUUGCCGGACUGACAAUGGCCACUUCGGUAGGCAUAGCAGCUCCCUGGGUCUUCAAUUUGCACAAUACCAUCUACAAUGAUGCUGUUGUAGAUGCUCAUAGGAAUCCUGGAGCAGCUGCUGCCUCUUUGGCACAAGGAAAUGUUAGGGAACCCAUCAAGAGAAAGUCACGAUUCAAUGGUAAACUCGAUUACAGACAGUUGUGUAUUGGGUCAAUUAUGGGUUUGAUCCUUGGUGUCGUGGUUGGCAAAGUAUCCACUUUACUAGUAUAUAUUACCGCUGCUGGAUUUCUUGGGUUACAAUGGUUGCAAAACAGAGGAAUUGUGGACAAGAAUGCCACUCAAUCGUUGUUUGCUCGAUACAUCAUCAAGAGCGGGCGUGAGACUUUGGAUUUAAACACUUUGAUCUGGGAAAGACCUAGCUUCAAGCUUUCAUUCCUGCUAACUUUUGUGCUAGCGGCAGCGAAUAUUUAA